CGAAAACACACACUUCACUUGUCACUCAUUCGAACAUCUUCUAUACUCGACCGCCGCCACGAUAGCCAGAGACUCCUACCGAAACGAUCGACGAGACCAUCAUUAUGUUCAAGUACACGGUGACGUUGUUGAUCGCAGCGAUGGCCGUGUCGGCAUCGCUGGCCGUCAGCAUACCAGCCGAACACCGGCCGCAGGAACCGGCCGCGGACUCCAGCAACGUGGUGGUGCACAAGAAGCACGUCAAGCCUGACAAGAUCGUGUUCAUGUCGGAGGUGUCGUCGUCCCAUGACGAGGGCGAGAGCGAGGGUGGCAGUGGCGGUGCCCUACUGGAAUUAGGGCUAUCCGGGUUGCUCGAGGCGGUCAGCGCGCCGAAGAAGAUCAUAGGCGCCAUCGCCAGUUUCGUGAUCGGCAAAUUCAAGUCGGUGAACCUCAAGAAACUCGUCAAGAUCGCACUGCUGGGUGCCCUGGUGACCGUGCUCGGCGCCGUGGCCUCCGUGGCCGUGGCCGGUCUCGUGUCCAUCGUCUCGGCGAUAUGCGCGGUGCUGCCAUACUUGAGACUCGUGUUCGGCGGCCACCACCACAAGGGCGAGUCCACGUCCGAGUCACAGGACGACCUGGUGAGCGAGUUUGUGAUGGGCGCGCUCGAAAAGUACAACGUCAAGCGCAAGGCGUGAGUCCAGGGCAGCCGCUGCGCCGCCGAAAACGCUCAAUCGUUGUUCAGGCAAUACAUUUAACAUUUUAUUUAUUGUACACCUAACACGCCGAUAUCGUUUAAUAUAGUAUAUUAUAAUAUUAUUAUAUAUACGAGUUGUAUACCUACUGUGUUAUGUAACAUUGCGAACA